UGGAGGUACAUUCCUUAUUGUUCUUUCUUGAAGCAAACGCUAGCUUAAUUGCAUCUUGGAAUGCAUGGAAUUUGAUUCUUCUCCGGAGCUCUUGGCCUCCCGGCAGGAGGCACAGGUCCUUUGUUGGACUUUGGAAAAGAUAGCUGAGGGGAGUGAUGCUUCAAUUUAUAUUUAACUGCAAAGUCAGUGCAGCCAAUAUUUUUGCAGAGGCAUUUCCAGUCACAUGUCUAUAAAAGGUGAUGGGGAUGAUGCGUGACACAAGGAACACUUCACAACAGCAAAUUAUUACAGCAGGUGCAUUGAUCGGUUUGCACAUCAGGAUAUUGCCAUAGCAAGAUGGCUCGGUAACAUGUCGGGGAGUAAACUACUAGCACAGUUAGGUUAUAAACUGGGGAAGACUAUAGGAGAAGGCAGCUACUCCAAAGUAAAAGAGGCCAUUUCAAAAAGGUACAACAAAAAUGUAGCAAUCAAGGUGGUUGACAGGAAGAAAGUUCCAAAGGAUUUUGCCACUAAGUUCUUGCCGAGGGAGUUGGCCAUAUUGAGAGGCAUCAAGCAUCCUCAUAUUGUGCAUGUGUAUGAGUUUAUUGAAGUUCGCAAUGGGAAGGUCUACAUCGUCAUGGAGCUCGUCUCAAUAAACCUUCUGCAGCUGAUCCAACAAAGGAGCUGUGUCUCCUGCCCGGAGGCCAAGUGCUUGUUUUCCCAGGUCACCAAGGCGGUCAAGUACCUUCACGAACAUGACAUUGUCCACCGUGACCUCAAAUGCGAGAACAUCCUACUGACUGAUCAAAUGCAGGUGAAGUUGGGAGAUUUUGGAUUUGGGAGGAAGAGUUGGGGGUACCCAGAACUCUGUACCACCUACUGUGGUUCCGCAGCCUACUCCCCUCCCGAGGUUCUCAUGGGUGUCCCUUAUGACCCCAAAAAGUACGACAUCUGGAGCAUGGGAGUCAUUCUGUAUGUAAUAGUGACCGGUUACAUGCCCUUCAAUGACUCCAGCAUCAGCAUGUUACCAGAGAGGCAGCUAAUGGGUGUGAUCUAUCCAGAGGAAAUUACACUGGAAGAAAAGUGCCAGUCUUUGAUAGAGAAAUUGUUAACUUACAAUCCACUGACGCGUCCAACAGCUAACCAGGUGACGAGGCAUGCAUGGUUUAGAGAACGCAAAUAAAGGAAUAUGCUCUAAAGUGG